GCCAGAGGAGCAGAAGAAGGGCCAGAGGAGCAGCAGCAGCCCCUGCAGGAGCAGCAGCAGGCCCAGAGGGAUGCAUUUCCCGGCGGUACAGGCAGCCCUGCUGCUGCUCCCUGCCUCGCUGCUGGCCGCGCCGGGAGCGCCGGCCCCGGGCGCAGGGAGAGCCGCCAGCCUCGGGGAGAUGCUGCGGGAGGUGGAGGCGCUGAUGGAGGACACCCAGCACAAGCUCCGCAAUGCCGUGCAGGAGAUGGAAGCUGAGGAGGAAGGGGCAAAAAAGCUGUCAGAAGUCAGAUUUGAAGAUUUACCUCCCAAUUACCAUAACGAGUCCAGCACAGAAACCAGAGUGGGCAACAGAACUGUUCAGACUCAUCAGGAAAUUGAUAAGGUCACAGAUAACAAAACUGGAUCAACAGUUUUUUCUGAGACAGUUAUUACAUCCAUAAGAGAUGGAGAAGACAAAAGGAACCAUGAGUGCAUCAUUGACGAGGACUGCGAGCCAGGGAAGUUCUGCCUCUUCUCCCCCUCGGAGUACCGAUGUCAGCUCUGCAAGCCCCAGCACACGCGCUGCUCUCGGGACGCCGAGUGCUGCGGGGAGCAGCUGUGCCGCUGGGGCCGCUGCAGCAGCACCGCGAGCAGGGGAGAGAACGGCACCAUCUGCGAGAGGCAGCAGGACUGCAGCCCCGGCACCUGCUGUGCCUUCCACACAGAGCUGCUGUUCCCCGUGUGCACGCCCCUGCCUGAGGAGGGGGAGCCCUGCCACGACCCUUCAGACCGACUCCUGAACCUCAUCAGCUGGGAGCUGGAGCCCGACGGGGUCCGGGAGCGCUGUCCGUGCGCAGGGGGCCUGAGCUGCCAGCCCCGGAGCCACAGCACUGCCUCUGUGUGUCAGCCGCCCGCCAACGGAACCCAGCACGCUGAGAGAGAAGAUCCCUCGCUCAUGGAGGAGAUGCCCUUUCUCAGCUUGAUGCCCCAAGAUCUCCUCUCUGAUUACGAGGAGAGCAGUGUCAUUCAGGAAGUGCGUAGAGAAUUAGAAAGCCUGGAGGACCAAGCAGGUUUGAAGCCUGAGCUUGACUCAGCUCAGGAGCUGGUUUUGGGAGAUGAAAUCUAAAGCCCAAGCACCAGUCUAGUUAGUUGUUUCUAGAUUUUUUUCUGUUUAGUGUCUUGCUUGUUUGAACCCUGAUCACACAAUGCUGGAUAGAAGUGCAAUAAACAAGGUCUGCAAGGAGCAUCCUUCUCUCUGUGCACCAAAGCUGCGUGUCCCAGCUGCUGUGGAGUCCAUGCAGUGCCUGGACCAAAGCUCCUGCCACAGGGGAACCCCACGAGUGCCCUGCUGGAUUUGUACUUUCCCCCUGUAUGUCGGAAAUAAACUUCUCAGUACUUGUACUCAUUAAAAAAUGCACACAGGCAUAAAUCAUUUUCAAUUACCAGAAACUGCAGAAGUGACCUUUGAGUACGGAUGUUCAGAGUUGCUUUAUUUCUCUAGAGUAAGAACCAUCCACUCUGACACUGCUGCAGUCAUAAGUUUUAAGGAAUUUUUAAAGGAAUUUUAAUUUUUUUCUUUAGAAUUGGUUUGUGCUUUUAAUACACUUCAUGUUACAAGAUGGGAUUAUUUUUACCACCUUGAAAGGUCAUCAAUGUAAAAAAUCAAUAGCAAGCUAAGAGCAAAGUCUGACCCCCCAACCUCCCCAGUUUGCUAGCACGACUCCUCCACUGUCAGGUUUUCUGGCAUUCCGAUUUUACCAUCUGUUGUUGCACAUGGUAAAACAAGAUGUGAGGUUCCAGCCAAGUAACUUUGCACAGUGCUUCUCCCCAAAUAAUCCCUACUGCUCAGGCCUACCUUGGAACAGCAGAGCACCAGGAACAGGAGCAGGUGUAAGACACUGCUGCCAGCCUGCACAUCUUUCACCACUUCUGGUGUAUGAAGGCUCUUCAAUAAAUCCCUGGGCAACAGAAUUAAUAAUUAGUAGCCAUUAUCAUUAUAAAUAGGGAGGGUAUUUCAUUGUAACUGUGUGAGUUUUGGUUUAAGGAUUCUACAACCCAUUCUCCCACCAACACACACACACAGACACUGUCUCUGAGUCUACACCCUCCCUUUCGACCCCCAAUAAAAUCAUUGUGCUGUAGAGACAGCCCCAUCUAUGCAAAGAGAAGGAAUUAAGUGCCACCACAAUUUUUCCUGUUCUAAAACAUAUCCGUGAGAGCAGUAACUGUCUGUAAAUACUGCCCUCUUAAGGACAGUAUUUCAAGGUCUUAGUGCUGCCAUCCCCAGAUUGAAUCUCUACAUUUCUGCCUUUCCAAAUGUCUGAGUUGGAAGAAAAUUCACAAUCCAUUUGAGAGGUAAUUUUUCUCUCUUCCAAAAGCUCUAUGGCUGCUUGAGCAGUCUCUGUGGCAAAUGGCAGCUUAAUGAAGUACCCUUCCUAGGGGAUGGUAUUUCCCUCUCUGCUCCCUUUUCCCCACUUCCAACCUCAGGAAUGUUGGCCA